AUGAUCAUCAAGAAUAACAGUGCAGUUGCAGUACAACUUGGUGCUUCUUCUUCCACAGCAGUAGGUUCACCAUUCAGAUCUGCUCCAAUCAUCAAGAUUGGCUAUAUGGUUGGUUUACAUGAAGAUUUGCUAGCAAUAAAAUCUCGACUCUGUGGAGAAUCGCCAAAUUUAGAAGUUAUCCCAAUCGUUGGAAUGGGAGGUAUAGGAAAAACUACUCUUGCAAAGUGUGUUUACGACGACCCAAUAACAGUGCAACGGUUCGAUAUUCGUGUUUGGGUCACAGUAUCACAGGACUACAAUGCAGAUGUAGUUUUAUCAGUCCUCCUAGCUUCCAUGGAAGAGUUUGAUAAAGAUAGAUCCGAGGAGAGCAAAGAUAGAUCCAAGGAGGAAGAAGAAUUGCCUGGGGCGAAAGUGCACAAGAUCUUGAAAGGCAGGAGAUAUCUCCUUGUAAUGGAUGAUAUUUGGAGCACACACGCUUGGGAUGAUGUAAGAAUUAUACUUCCCGACGAUGGUAAUGGAAGCCGAGUCAUGUUAACGACAAGAGAAACUGAUGUGGCUGCUUAUGCAUGUUAUUUUGGAGAAGAACAGGAAAGAGAUCUCCAAGUACAGGCUAUUUUGGAGAAGAACAUGUGCCCCAAGUGCGUAGAACUAAAGCUUCGCCGUGAAGGUGCUGCUUUCUGUUCCCAAGAGUGUUUCAAGGCAUCCUGGAGUUCCCAUAAAUCUGUUCACUUGAAUGCAAAAUCUUCUUUAAUUGCAUCUGAAAGUUAUAGUGAACAGAACUUGGGUCUGCCGGGUGACGGCUGGCUCUACUGCUUGAUAGAAGGACAAGCACAGACACCAAAACUUCCACAUUUUGACUGGCCAUUAAGACCAUAUCCAAUAUCACAGAAACAGUCAAUUUCAUGCCUGGAGGAAUCUGUAAAUAUCUUUCUGGAUAUUGGAAGGUUUAAUAUGUCUGCAAGGUAUUAUAAGUGUUUGAGAUGUCCCCACAAGAUGCGUUUCAUGGAUGAGGCUCAGAGUUGGAAGCUACUUCAGCAAAAGGUGUUUGCACAUCAAGAUUGCCCUCCGGAGUUGGAGAACAUUGGAAAGGAGAUCGCGAGAAGCUGCAAAGGGCUGCCACUCGCAAUCGUGGUGGUUGCAUGGCUCCUAUCAGCGGUUAGCACCAAUGUAGCUUCAUGGAGCGAAAUUGCACGAAAUGUAAAUUCAGUUACUAUAGGAGGAGGACAAUUUGAAAAUAUAUUGUCUUUGAGUUACACUCACUUGCCUCAUUAUCUGAGGCCAUGUUUCUUGUACAUGGGAAUGUUUUCGGAGGAUUGUGAGGUUCGUGUCUCAAAACUCACCAAAUUAUGGGUAGCUGAGGGAUUCUUGAGACAUCUGAACAUAUCUAAAACCUUCGAAGAAGAGGCUGAAGAUUUUUUGGAGGAUCUUGUCAAGAGAAAUCUUGUUUUGGUUACCAAGAGAAAGUGCGAUGGCAGGAUAAAAAGUUGCAGCCUCCAUGAUCUUAUGCGAGAUUUGUGCAUAAGAAAAGCGCAUGAAGAGAAGUUUCUUGUGAACUUCAGCAGCGGGCUUUCAGUAAAGGGCAGAAAAAAUCAGCGUCGUGUAAGUUUUACUCCUUCGGGUUUACCAUACCUCUCAGAACUUUAUGGCUUAACCAUCCAUACGAUUUUGUGCUUCCAUGGCAUCUCUGUAGCAAACAUGUUGGAAGGUUUUAGAUUGCUAAGGGUAUUGGAUGCAGGAGAUGUUUAUGUGAGAUCACUACCAGAUCAACUAUUUGACCUAUUUUGUCUAGCAUACCUUGCUAUCUGCUAUCUUGGAAGGAUACCUACAGCCAUUUCAAAGCUUCAUAAUCUUGAAACUUUAAGCCUUCGCGCAAAGAAUGAUUGGAUGAACUUUAUUACAUCGAAUUCAUUCUGUUUGCCUCUGGAGAUUUGGAGAAUGCCAAGAUUGAGACAUCUUGUCUUCUAUGGCAGGUUACCAAAUCCAGAAGGAAUAACAGCUUCUAGUUUAGAAAACCUCCAAACACUCUCUAUAGUGUCACAUACCAUGUGUAGUGAAAGGAUCUUGAGAAUGAUCCCAAACCUAAAGAAAUUGGAAAUUGAUUGCUCUGAUGGCGAAAUUUUCCUCAACAAUUUGGUGCAUCUGCGUCAACUUGAAGAUUUGAAGUUACGUUCAUCUUUUUGAAUU